CUUCUCUUCCAUCACCUUUUACCUUAUAAUUUCCACUACAGGAAAUCACCUCAUUCAAUAACUUUCUCAUAUCUGAUGUUGUCUCAUAAUACCCAGAAAAAAAAGAAAAAAUUUUAUAUUUUGAAACUGUGACUUCACACCACGUUUUUAUGACAGAUUAGUCUACAUAUAAACAUAUCUAUUUGUAUGUUUAUCAUUCCAUGACGUAAACUAAUAACCCAGAUUAUUUAUCAAAGGCUAGAGCUUAAAUUUAGUUUCCUACUUUGUUGUUAAGAAUUCUGAAGUAGGAAAGAAAACCCAGUUUAACCACUUGAUUUUAGUGGAUCCAGUUGCUAAGUCUUGCAGCCAAUGGUUUAUCAGCAAUUCUAUAUUAGUAUCUGAUCAUUUUGGAAAGGAAUCAGAAAACAAAGUUUGGUAAUUCAGAAAAAGAAAAAGGCAGUGACCUCACAAGUAUAUAACAAAGGGUGACAUAACUAAAAUGAACAUUCAGGACAGGACUGCUUUGUCAAAGUAGAAUCAUUUCUUAGAUUAUUAAGAUAAUGAUACUUUUUUCUUUUUAUUGAUCUUGAGAUAUCAGAGCCCGAGAAUCAAUUCUAGUACUUGUGAACCAUUGACUGCAACAUCAGCAUUUGCUGCUACUCUAGCUAUACCUACUAAUCUACUAAUUACUUCAUUCAAGUUCUUGGCUCCUGUACCUUCUCUUCCCUUCAUUUCAUUUUAUUGUUUAUUCUCGUACCUUUAUUUUUCUUUUUUCUCUUUUUGCUAUUUAUCUUCUUUUUAGUUUUUCAGUUUUUAUUAGACAUUCAGAACUGAGAUGGAUGUAACAGUUUAUUGUUUUUUAUGUCUUUUACAGUUUUGGAAGGAAUGAUUUUGAUUGGAACAAAAAAAAUGUUGUUGCAGAGGACUUUCUUGGUGGUUGCUCUAUUGAUCACAGGACUUUUUGGAGCCUUUUUAUACACUGUGGAGGGCACACCACAAAGGAUUCUUUUAGACUCAGAUGUCGACACUGAUGAUUUCUUUGCCCUUUUGUACCUCUUGAAGCUUAACAGAUCAGAGUUCGAGUUAGAGGCAGUUACUAUCAAUGCAAAUGCAUGGACUGAUGCCGGGCAUGCCGUGAACCAAAUCUAUGACAUCCUUUACAUGAUGGGUCGCGACGAUAUUUCUGUUGGAGUUGGGGGUGAGGGUGGAAUACUUGACGAUGGCACUAUACUCUCAAAUGUUGGUGGAUAUCUUCCGAUAAUUGAGCAGGAAAUGUCAACAACAGGAGGCUGUAGAUACAGACAAGCUAUUCCUGUGGGCCAUUUUGGAGGACGAUUAGAUAUUAAUUCCAACUAUGGCUUAAGGAAAGCGUUUCUGCCACAGGGCAGCAGGAAAUAUUCCCCUCUUCGACAACCUACUGCACAACAAGUUCUGAUAGAUAAAAUAUCUGCAGGCCCUAUUAAUGUCUUUAUAAUAGGAGCUCAUACAAAUUUUGCAAUUUUUCUUAUGAAAAAUCCGCAUCUAAAGAAGAAUGUCAAGCAUAUAUAUGUAAUGGGUGGUGGUGUGAGGUCACAAAAUCCUACUGGUUGUUGCCCACGAAAUACACGCUUAUCUUGCCAUCCUAGACAGUGCGGUGACAAUGGCAAUCUGUUUUCAGAUUACACUAGUAAUCCUUACGCUGAGUUUAACAUUUUUGGAGAUCCUUUCGCUGCGUACCAGGUUAUCCAUUCAGGAAUACCAGUAACCCUGGUGCCCCUGGAUGCAACAAAUACAAUUCCUAUAAGCGAGAAUUUCUUUAAUACAUUUGAGCUUAACCAGCAUACAUAUGAGGCACAAUAUUGUUUCCAAUCUCUGAAAAUGGCUCGUGACACUUGGUUUGGUGACCAAUUCUACACGAGCUAUUUCAUGUGGGAUUCUUUCACAUCAGGAGUAGCAGUUUCUAUCAUGCGUAAUUCGCAUAAGCAAAAUGGAGAAAAUGAAUUUGCUGAAAUGGAAUAUAUCAAUAUAACUGUUGUUACUUCAAAUGAACCUUAUGGAGCAUAUGAUGGUUCAAAUCCAUUCUUUGAUGGCCGUAAAGUUCCAAAGUUUAAUCUGAAGAAAGGUGGAGCACAUAGUGGUCAUGUACAGACAGGCCUUAGAGACCCUUUCUGCACUGUGCAGAAUGAGCAAGGAAGAUGCCAGGAUGGCUAUACGAAAGAGGUAACAGGUUCUGAAGGAGUUCGUGUUCUUGUGGCAACGAGAGCAAAACCUAAUCCAGACACUAGUAGUGAACUUGACAGGGCCUAUUUCAAGAGUUUCUUAGAUGUUCUGAAUCACCCUCAACAAACUGGAAGGUUCAAUUUUACAACCCAAUUUCCUUAUUACAAAGAAGUUCUGUACAAGCCAGACUUUGGAACCAAAAGACUUGGCAAACCUGUUGUCUUUGACAUGGACAUGAGUGCUGGAGAUUUUCUUGCUCUAAUCUAUCUCCUUAAAUUGCCUGUAGAACUGAUCAACCUCAAGGGUAUCAUUGUAAGUCCAACUGGCUGGGCAAAUGCUGCAACCAUAGAUGUGGUAUAUGAUUUGCUGCAUAUGAUGGGUCGUGAUGACAUUCCAGUUGGUCUAGGAAAUGUCUUUGCUAGGAACCAGUCUGAUCGAAUUUUUUCUGCUGUUGGAGACUGCAAGUAUGUUAAGGUCAUUCCGCAUGGUAGUGGUGGAUUCUUGGAUUCAGACACACUCUAUGGUCUUGCUCGAGAUCUGCCACGAAGCCCCAGAAGGUAUACUGCACAUAACUCUGUAAAAUUUGGAGCACCUCGCGACACUGAUCACCCUGAACUCAGACAACCUCUAGCACUUGAAGUUUGGGACACUGUAGUAAGAAAAUUGGAGCCAGGAUCUAAGAUUAGCAUAUUAACCAAUGGACCAUUGACUAGUUUAGCAGAGAUAAUUUUAUCAGAUAAUAAUGCAAGCUCUGUGAUUAAGGAUGUGUAUGUUGUUGGAGGACACAUUAGCCAUAACAAUCUGGACAAGGGAAAUGUCUUGACUUCCCAUUCUAAUGAAUAUACGGAAAUGAAUAUAUAUCUUGACCCCUUGGCUGCAAAGACAGUUUUUGAAUCAUCACUUGACAUUACUCUCAUUCCACUUGAGGCCCAGCGCAAAGUAAGUUCAUUCUCCAAGAUCCUACAGAGUCUGAGCAAGACAAAUAAGACACCAGAGGCAUUGUUCGCGCGGCGUUUGCUAUCAAGGCUUUACCGGUUGCAUCAAGCACACCACAGAUACCAUCACAUGGAUACAUUCUUGGGGGAAAUCCUUGGUGCAGUAUCCCUGGGUGGCGGCCAUGAUUCCUUGCUGAACUCAAUCUUGAAAAUUAAACGGAUUAAGGUUCUUGCUGAAGGCGUUGAAUCCAGAGAGGGAGAGAUUGUGGUGGAUGAAAAACAAGGGAAAUUAGUCAGACUAUUGGAUAGUGUAGACCCUACAGUAUAUUACAACCAUUUUGCAUGGCAAUUGGGAGUUAAAAUGCAAUCUGCCGUUAUAGGAAGCUUUGAUGAGCAGAGAAGAAUUUGGAGUACAAAACCAAAUUCUAAGUAAACUGAAGAAUAAUAUACUUCUUGACGAAAUGGACUAAUUAUUCUUUGACAACAGGAAAUUAUUUCUCUUCAUUGAAACAUAUAUAUACAAGUUUCAGUUGCAAAUUGUACGCUGAUACUGUUAGCACUACAGAAACUACCAACAGAAUGAUAUAUUUGAUGUAGAAACUAUCUACUUUUGUCAUUUUCUUUUGCUUUUUAGAGCUCAAUGAAGAGAAAUAAUAGCUUAGGAAACAUAAAAAAUAAACAAUUGAAAGCUGACAUGUAUCAAAUGAACAUGUCAAUGAAUAGAUUUUUAUUUUUCUU